GCUAGCCUGCGAACCAGCAGUUAGUACACUGAUCGUUUCCUUCUCGAAAACUUUGUCAUGCGUUAAAAAAGAGAAAUUCCUCACUUCUCUCAUCUCACUUGUGUCACUACUAAAUUACACAGGAAAAUAUAUGUUUCUAAUAAUUCCAUAAUAAAAAUUCACAUCCUGAUAUACAUCCCUGGUGAUUAUUAAUGAAUCUCAUUAUUGUUAUCAGUGUUUUAUGUACAGUUUAAGUUUACCGCGGUUAGCUUUAUAAGUACCUUUAUUUGCUUGAAGCAAUAAGGUUACUGUAGGGACAUUUUUUUUAUCGAAAGCAAGUUUAGUGCAGUGGUGAAAAUUUCAAUGAAUGUGUAGUGGUUUUGUGCAAUGAGAGAUUCCGCUGGCCUAUUUACAGGAACUGACGACCAAUGUACCAACCAGGGUGUAUGUUGGACAGUACGGCGUCACGAGGACCACCCAACGUACCCCCCCGAAAUCCGACAAUGAGCCGUCUUAAUGGAAGGUUACCAGGAAAUCAAACUACCAGUGAUCAUGAACGUGAUCCUGAUUUAGAACCAUCUUGCUUAAUACGCUCACCAUCUGGAAAUUUCUACAACAUACCAAAUAUACCAAAAAAUGAGUACAAUAAAAACCAAUCGACAGGCAAUAGUCCAAUAAAGGUUGAGCUUCAAAACAACAUGGACAGGGUAUCUUUACCAGGUUACGUUCAUGCUCCAUCCAUGAUACCUAUGCAACGGAGACAAAGUCUACGCUGUCAGUUUCGAAAAGGGAUAAAAUGGUGCAGUUGGAAGCUAAUUGCAAUAGUUGUUAUAAUGGUUUCACUUUGCCUGACAGCAGCACUUACAUAUGUAGCAGCUUCUAACAUAGUAAAUUGGUCCUAUCAAGGUACAAAGGCGUGUACUGUCUUGGUAGGCGAUAAUUCAGAAUCAAAAUCGAUGUCAUCAGAAACGAAUAAAACAACAUCUACUUCAUCGACAUCGUUAAGUAAAACGAAGCAGCAGUCUUCGACCUCUGGAGGUAUGAGUUCCUUUAAUGAUAAUCUUGUAGAACCUAUAAUUCUUCGUAAGCGUAGAGACACUUUUAACCAGCAUGACUCACACCAACUAGUUGUUCCAUCUGAGACUAAGGUCACCUUUAGAAAAUCAGAUGUUCAAUUGGAACAACUUACUGAUUUGCAUGGCGAUUAUUUGGAUAAGGUUGUGCAUGAUAAUGCGGGACGAUUUACUAAAGUUAAUAAAUUUAGUGAGAGUAAAGAAAAUUCUAUGAUGAACACAAAAUUUAAAGCUACAAAUAAAAUAUCGAGAAGAUCAAUUGUUUAUCAAAAUAUUUUAAGCAACACCUUUACUAAUUCUAGUUUUUUAAAUUCACCUACACCUUCCACCACGUUUGACAUUUCUUUAAAUACCUUGCAAGAUCACAAAAAUUUGUUGUCUGUAGAAUUAGUCACUGUUGCUUCCACUGUAUCUCCUGACAUAAAAAUUAAAGAUGAUUUAAAGAGGACAUUCUUUUUGCAAAAUAUGUUUACCAAGAAAACAGACUUAGAAGAAAAUAAAAAUUAUCAUCUGAAAAUAGAAAAGGUCGAAAGUGACGAAAGUGAAAAUGCACCACUUAUUGAUUUCUAUGUGAAAACUCCUCAUUCCGCAAUUACUAAUUCUAUUGUAAAAGAUAUAUUACUAAAUGAUAAUUCAUCUAUCGCUACUGAAUCAUCAAACUUUACUAUAAAAUCUGAUAAUCAACUCAAUUCGGAAUAUUCAUUAGAGUCAGGGAAAGAAACAGAUGCAAACUCCUUCUCAAAUAGUUCCGAGGAUAAAAGCAAUUUGACUAAAGAAUACAAGAUACUACAGCAUGUUAUACCACGACCACUAUAUUAUAUAGAACAAGAAGAGAUAGAAAUUAUAAAACUGCAAGAAGAAACAACAAUAAAAAAUAAAGACAACGAUAGAAAAAUUAUACCAACAAUAAAAAGAAAUGACAGUAACGAAAAAUUUGUUUACAAUUUAAAAAAAAAUUAUAAUAAAUUUCUAUCAGAAGAUUCGCUUGUGAAACAGAAUCAAAAUAGUCUAUUAACCGAAAAAAAGUUAGAAAAUAAACUUCCAUCUAAUUUUACUUCAUUUAAUUCAUCAAUAAACAAUCAGAUUAAUGUAUUUCUUCCCGGUAUGAGUUUCUCUUCAUCACAAAAAAUGCUUGUUAAUGUAGCUAUUAGUAUUGAAGAUAAACAAGAAUUUCCUUCAAUUUCAAAACCUGUGUUUGCUCUCUCUCUUUCUAUGCCAACUGCAGAUGACACUAAUUCUCUAAUACCAAACAUUAAAAUUAGCCAUAAUCCACCAGAACAAUUAUUAACAAGAAAUGCAACUCGAGAGAUAAUUAAUCAUGAUGAAAAACCAUUUACUACUCCUUUAAAAAUAAAUACUUUAUCACCUCCAAUUUGGGCUGGUGGUGAAUGUGAAUGUUCUUGUCCCUGUAUGGAUAAUAAUGAUGAUGAUGAUUCGAUGUUACAAAACUCUUCAAGUACAUUAAUGGCUGAUAAAAUCUUAGAUGAAUCAUACACUAAACAAAUUGAUUUAAAAACUACUACUGAUCAGCUCCAUUCUUCAGACAGCUCAAGUGAGGAAAGUAGUUCAACGCAUGUGUAUUUAGAGUCCACUAGUGAGACAAACUGCUUCGGAAAUCCUCUUCCCUUAGAACCCACCAUAUUGAUUUUAGAAGGAGGAAAAACUUUUCCUGCUAGAUCAUUUCCACCUGAUGGUACAACUUUUGCUCAAAUAAGAAUUGGGCAGCGACUUAACAAGCAGAUUUCAGCCUACAGUUACUGGAAUAUGCAGUUUUACCAAUCAGAAGCAGCGUACGUUCGUUUCGACUACAAUAUUCCACGUGGUGCUAGUAUAGGUGUUUACGCGAGAAGAAAUGCCCUACCAACACAUACGCAAUAUGAUCUUUUAGAAGUGUUGAGUGGAUUCAAAGCUCGUACUACUCGAGCAUCUCAUCCCUCGAUGAAGAAAGAAGUAACACAUUACAUGGAACCUGGCCAUUGGUUCCUUUCAUUAUACAAUGACGACGGAGAUCCACAAGAAGUAUCCUUUAUAGCUGUGAUAGCUGAAGAUAUGACACAUAAUUGUCCCAAUGGUUGCAGCGGUAAAGGAGAAUGCUUAUUAGGGCAUUGUCAAUGUAAUCCUGGAUUUGGCGGAGAUGAUUGUAGUGAGAGUGUUUGUCCUGUUCUCUGCAGCCAACGGGGUGAAUAUAUCAAUGGCGAAUGUCAGUGCAAUCCUGGUUGGAAGGGAAAGGAAUGUUCUCUACGUCAUGACGAAUGUGAAGUUCCUGACUGCAAUGGACAUGGUCAUUGUAUAAAUGGAAAAUGUAAUUGUGUGAGAGGAUAUAAAGGAAAAUUUUGUGAAACAAUAGAUUGUCCUCAUCCAACUUGUUCAGGACAUGGCUUUUGCGCUGAUGGAUCUUGUAUAUGUAAGAAAGGCUGGAAAGGUCCUGCGUGUAGCCAAAUGGACAAGGAAGCAUUACAAUGUUUGCCAGAUUGCAGCGGACAUGGCACUUUUGAUUUGGAAACACAGACUUGUCUUUGUGAACCAAAUUAUUCUGGAGACGACUGCUCAAAAGAAUUAUGCGAUCUAGAUUGUGGACUUCAUGGUCAUUGUGUGGAUAACGCUUGUGACUGUUUGCUUGGCUGGUCUGGUGAACUUUGCAAUCUUAAGCAAUGUGACUCACGCUGUAAUGAACAUGGCCAGUGUAAAAAUGGCACAUGCCUUUGUGUAACAGGAUGGAAUGGUAAGCACUGUACAAUGGAAGGCUGCCCUUACUCAUGUUCUGGUCACGGACAAUGUAAAGUGAACGCAGACUCCUUGUGGGAAUGCCGAUGUUACGAUGGUUGGGAUGGCAAAGAUUGUAGUGUUUUACUUGAGCAAAAUUGCAAUGAUGGUCGAGACAACGACAAAGAUGGUCUUAUUGACUGUGCGGAUCCGGAAUGUUGUUCUAAUCACGUAUGUCGUAGUAGUCAACUUUGUGUUUCCGCUCCAAAUCCAAUCGAUGUUCUCCUUAGAAAACAAUCCCCGGCUAUUACGGCUUCUUUCUUCGAAAAAAUGAAAUUUCUCAUAGAUGAAGGUAGUCUUCAGAACUAUGCUCGUCAAGAUUCAUUUAAUGAAACAGUGUUCUGGAACCACUUCAAUACAAGUCGGUCAGCUGUUGUACGCGGUCAAGUAGUAACGUCUUUGGGAAUGAGUUUGAUGGGCGUUAGAGUUUGCACCACUACAGCUUUAGAAGGGUUCACUUUAACAAGAGAUGAUGGAUGGUUUGAUCUUUUGGUUAAUGGUGGAGGCGCUGUAACUUUACAAUUUGGUCGCUCGCCUUUUAAGCCACAAACUCACAUUGUCUACGUUCCUUGGAAUGAGGUUGUCAUUAUAGACAAGGUUAUAAUGAGUACAGCCGAUGAGAAACCAUCAUUAUAUAUGACUCAUACUUGUGCAGCACAUGAUUACGAUGUAAUGAAACCAGUUAUUCUUGCAACCUGGAAACAUGGUUUUCAAGGCGCAUGUCCUAACAAAAGUGCAGUUCUUGUAGAAUCUCAAGUUGUUCAGGAAAGUUUGCAAAUUCCUGGAACGGGUUUAAAUCUCGUUUACCAUAGUUCCAGAGCUGCUGGUUAUCUUUCCACUAUUCAACUUCAAUUGACACCAGAAGUAAUAGCACCAACAUUAAGUUUGAUACAUUUGCGUAUCACGAUUGAAGGAAUUCUAUUUGAGAAAAUUUUUGAAGCCGAUCCAGUUAUCAAGUUUACAUACGCAUGGAAUAGAUUAAAUAUUUUUCGCCAACGAGUAUAUGGAGUCACAACUGCUGUCAUUAAAGUUGGAUAUGAGUACAAUGAUUGUAAAGAUAUAAUAUGGGAUGUGCAGACAACAAAAUUAAGUGGUCACGAUAUGUCUAUUUCUGAAAUAGGAGGUUGGAAUCUGGACAUACAUCAUAGAUAUAAUUUUCAUGAAGGUAUUCUUCAAAAAGGAGAUGGUUCUAAUAUUUAUUUGAAACAUAAACCACAAGUUAUUUUAACAACAAUGGGAGAUGGACAUCAACGACCUCUUGAUUGUUCCGAUUGUGAUGGUUCAGCUUCAAAACAGAGACUUUUAGCUCCAGUUGCUCUUGCUGCCGCUUCCGAUGGGUCAAUUUAUGUUGGGGAUUUUAACUUGGUCAGAAAAAUUAACGUCGAUGGAGUUGUUCAAACUAUUUUGCGUCUUAAUGCUACUCGAGUUUCGUAUCGCUAUCACAUUGCAUUGAGUCCCCUGGAUGGGUCGCUAUAUAUUUCGGAUCCGGAAUCACAUCAAAUUAUUCGUGUACGUGAAACAGCGGGUGAUUAUAAUCCAGAUCAUAAUUGGGAGACGGUAGUUGGAUCAGGAGAAAGAUGUUUACCUGGAGAUGAAGCGCACUGUGGUGAUGGUGCUCUUGCGCGAGAUGCAAAACUUGCCUAUCCUAAAGGUGUAGCAAUUUCGGCUGAUAAUAUUCUCUAUUUUGCGGACGGUACAAAUAUCCGUAUGGUUGACAAAGAUGGAAUAAUAACAACAGUUAUUGGUAAUCAUAUGCAUAAAUCUCAUUGGAAACCUAUUCCAUGUGAAGGCACACUUAAUGUAGAAGAAGUUCAUCUACGAUGGCCUACUGAAUUAUCUAUAAAUCCUCUUGACAAUUCUCUUCACAUAAUAGACGAUCAUAUGGUAUUGCAACUGGCACUUGAUGGUAGAGUAAAAGUCGUUGCAGGUAGACCAUUACAUUGUUCUGCUUCUUUAACAAUUUUUGAUUCAGAAUUAGCAACACAUGCUACUCUAGUAAUGCCACAAAGUAUUGCAUUUGGUCCGUCUGGUGAUCUAUUUAUUGCUGAAAGCGAUUCCCAAAGGAUUAACAGAAUCAGAGUGAUUGGUACGGAUGGAAAAAUUUCUCUCUACGCUGGUGCUGAAUCUAAAUGUAAUUGUCUGGAACAAGGUUGUGAUUGUUUUGAAGCUGAUCACUAUUUAGCAUUUACUGCCAAAUUUAAUACUAUUUCUUCCGUUGCUGUCUCUCCAGAUAGCAUUGUCCACAUUGGAGAUCAAGCCAAUUAUAGAAUUCGAUCUGUCAUGGCUAGCAUACCAGAUGCAAAUAUGAUUACAAAUGCAAAGGAAUAUGAGAUCUAUUCACCGGAAACACAAGAAAUUUAUAUAUUUAAUCGAUUUGGGCAACAUAUUGCAACAAAGAAUAUUCUGACUGGCGAGAACAUUUACCUAUUUACGUAUAAUGUAAACACUAGUAAUGGAAAACUCAAUACGGUUACAGAUACCGCUGGUAAUAAAGUAUUUCUUCUUCGAGAUAACAGAGGACAAGUAAAUUCUGUUGAAAAUACAAAAGGUCAAAAAUGUAGAUUACGAAUGACUAAAAUGAAAAUGCUUCACGAACUUAGUACACCUGAUAAUUAUAACGUUACUUUUGAUUAUUACGAACUCACCGGUUUACUUAAAAGUAAACUCGACAGCACAGGUAGAAGUUAUGUUUAUCAUUACGACGAAUUCGGUAGAUUAACGCACGCAAUCACACCAACUGGUAGAAUAAUCAAUUUAUCCUUUGAUCUCAAUUUAAAAGGUGCUACUAUAAAAGUUGCACAAAAUAAUCGUAAGCCAAUAUCAAUGUUAAUUAGAGGAUCUUCAGUGAUUACAAAAGUUGGCGAUGCAGAACGAAAGACAACAAUUCUUGCCGAUGGGAGUGUUGAAAGAAAUACACCCUGGUCACAUACUAUUAGUACCGAUACAAUGCCAUACUCAAUUAUGGCAGAAAUUGAACCACUUUUAGGUGAAAGCUACCCAGUUCCUGCGAAACAGAGAACUGAAAUAGCCGGUGAUUUAGCUAAUAGAUUUGAGUGGAGAUACUUUUUGAGAAAAGUACAAGGAAAUAAUCAUCGUGGUAAUUCAAAAGUUAUUGCUCAAGUUGGACGAAAAUUGAAAGUGAAUGGAGAAGUUUUACUGUCAUUAGAAUACGAUAGAGAGACAAAUACGGUGGCAGUUUUUAUGGAUGACAGAGUUGAACUGCUCAAUGUAACUUACGACAACACUGCAAGACCUAUUAAAUGGAUACCAAAAGGUGGCAUUUUUGCUGGAGUUGAACUAGAGUAUGAUAGAAAUAGCAGAUUAAUCAGUUGGACAUGGGGUGAUCUUAGUGAAACGUAUGGAUUUGAUCGAGACGGUAGAUUAUUUGAAAUAAAAUACAGCGAUGGAACAUCUAUGAACUAUGCAUUUAAAGAUAGAUUUAGUAGCCUACCUUUAAAGGUUACAACACCGCGAGGAAGUGAUUAUCUUCUUCAAUAUGACGAAGCCGGUGCACUUCAAUCACUUACAACUCCAAGAGGACAUAUACAUGCAUUUUCCCUUCAAACUUCACUUGGUUUUUAUAAAUAUCAGUAUUAUUCACCAAUGAAUAGGCAUCCUUAUGAAAUUUUAUACAAUGACGAUGGUCAAAUUCUUUCAAUAAUAUAUCCUCACCAAAGUGGGAAAGUUGUUUUCGUUUACGAUGUAAAUGGAAAGCUUGAAACUGCACUUGCUGGUGUUUCUUCUAUUCACUAUACAUAUCAAGAAACGACUGGCUUAGUUCGCAGUAUUGACGUUAACGAACCAAACUUUGAAAUACGUUUUGAAUACAAAUACCAUGCAGGAAUUGUUAAAGACGAGAAAAUAAAGUUUAAUAGUAAAAGCGGGUUGAAUAAUGCUCAUUAUCGUUAUCAAUACGAUGGCAAUGCUCGAAUUUCUGGAAUUGACGUUGACAUCAAUGGAAAACAACUUCAAUCAAUUCGAUUAAAGUAUAAUCAAAAUUUAGGAGUUUUGGAAAGUGUAAAUGACUUGAGAAUUUACAGAAAUGUUUUUAAUCGUUCACUUAUGCAAGACAGUAGUAAACAGUUCUUUACUAUUACCGAUUAUGAUGAUCAUGGACGUGUGAAAACAGUUGUAAUGAAUGUUAGAUCAAUGGAUAUAUUUCGCAUGGAAUUGGAUUAUGAUAAUCGUAAUCGUAUUAAAAUGCGAAAAAUAACAUUAGGAAAAGAUUUCUUGGUGAAAAAUGAAUAUUCGAAAAUUGAGAAAAUUACCUAUAAUGCUGAUGGACAUGUUCUUGAAGUUGCUGAUAAUGAAAAUAAUUGUCAGUAUGCUUAUGAUGAAAAUGGAAAUAUUAUUGGAGUAACGGAACAAAAUGAAAAAAUUACUUUAGGAUACGAUAGUGGAGAUCGUGUUGUUCAAUAUGGUGAUAUUGACUUUAACUUAUAUGAUGAUAGAGGUUUCGUAGUAAUACGCGGAGAACAUAAAUACAGGUACAAUUCGCGAGGUCAAUUGAUUCACGCUUUGGAGCAUAAAAAAUUCCAAACAUGGUACUUUUACGACGACCGUGGUAGAUUAAUAGCAUGGAACGAUGACCGAGAAAAUAUUACUCAAUUUUUCUACACCAAUCCGAAAACUCCAGAUCUGAUAACUCAUUUGCAUUAUCCUAAACUUCAAAAAACUUUUCGCUUUUUGUACGAUUCUAGGGAUUUCCUUAUAACUGUAGAAACAUCAGAACAACGUUUUUAUGCUGUAACAGAUCAAAAUGGUUCUCCAAUGGCUCUUUUCGAUAUAAAUGGUAAUCUUUACAAAGAAAUUGGUCGUACGCCAUUUGGAAAAAUAAUCAGAGAUACGAAUCCAGAUUUUUAUCUUCCAAUUGACUUUCACGGUGGUCUUGUUGAUCCUAAUACGAAACUUUUAUAUCUCAACAAGAGAUUGUAUGAUCCAAUUGUCGGUCAGUGGAUGACACCAGCUUGGGAGCAGAUGGCUAAUGAAUUAACAACACCCACGGAUAUCUUUAUUUAUCGUUUUAAAAAUAACGAUCCUAUUAAUCUAAAACAGGAUAUUGAAUACAUGACGGAUCUUUCUAGUUGGCUGAAAUUGUACGGUUACGAGACGAGUCGAAUGCUUGGUUCGGAGUACACAAAGCAGAUGAUAUUUCAACCAAGUGCAGCGGUUACAUCACCACAGUUGACUCCAGAUUUUGGUGUGAUGUCUGGAUUACAGUGUAUUGUAAAUCGUGUGCAUGAUAAAUUUUCUGAUCUUGGAUUUAUUCCAAAACCGCUACUUAAACUUGAACCGAAAACAAGAAAUUUACUACCUAGAGUUGCACAUCGUCGUGCUGUUUUUGGUGAAGGUAUUCUUUUAUCUAGAGCUAGUGGUAGAGCAUUGGUUAAUGUUGUUGAUGGUGUUAAUAAUGUUGUACAUGAUGUUGUCACUUCAGUAUUUAAUAAUUCAUACUUUUUACCUCUUCAUUUUACUAUACACGAUCAAGAUGUAUUUUAUUUCAUAAAGGACAAUGCUCUUAAAAUUCGCGAUGAUAUGGAAGAAUUGCGUCGUUUGGGUAGUAUGUUCAAUGUCUCGACUCAUGAAACAACGGAACAUGGUUCUGGCACAUGGAAAGAAUUAAGAUUGUACAAUUCAGAUGCGGCCGUUAUCAUUAAAUAUGGUGCUGAUCCUGAACAGGAACGUCACAGAAUAUUGAAGCAUGCGCACAAGCGUGCUGUUGAACGAGCGUGGCAAAUUGAAAAACAAUUAGUAAUUGCCGAAUUUCAAGGGAGAGGCGAUUGGUCAAAGGAAGAGAAAGAUGAAUUAAUUAGUCAUGGUGUGGUCGAUGGUUAUGAGGGUGUCGACAUUCACAGUGUACACAGAUAUCCUCAACUCGCUGAUGAUCCGGGAAAUGUUGCCUUUACACGUGACACGAAGCGCAAAAGGCGAAAAAGUGGAAACCGUCACAACAAAAAUCGAAAUCAUGAUUCUUGAUUUGAGAAAUUUCAAAUUGCCUAAAUCGCCUUUACCAAAUGGCGUUAUGUAUUUUCAAAAAAAGCACUCUUUAUCUUCGUUGAUUUAGAGCAGCACAGAAAGUGCCAUAUUUUAUGAUUCCGUCGUAUUCUCGAAGAGAUAAGCGAGCGGGAAUAUAUGCAGUGUCAAAAUUAAAACUAGUCGCAUGUUAUAAUGAGGUAUUAUAAAAUGCUUGUUAUGAGAUGAUUGUUUUUGUCGUCCAAUGAAGCGCGUCAUUCUGUUACAAGAUUGCUCACUCGCAAAAAACCAAACUCUGAACGUAACAGGGUCUCGGACUUGCGAUCAAUUAUUAAAGAAAAAAAUUUUUCUCAGAUGAGUGCAAGUGUUUGUCCAUAAGAGAUACACUCAACGAAGUCAAAGAAUCACAGAAAAAUAUUUUUAACAAUUUAUAUGAAUAUAUUGAUGAGAAACAAUGUAGGUGAUGUAAAUAUGCUAUUAAUGGAAAAAGUAGGUACUACAGCGAAUUCAGAUUGACUGAAACUAUCGAUAAACGCUUUUUUAUAUAAAAAAAAGAAUUUGUAUGUGUGAGUCCACUCAAUGAUUAUAGAAAAAAAGUUUUGAAUAGAAAUAUUGAUGAAAACGAGAGUUAAUAGUUGAAUUUUUAUUGAAUGAAGAAAUUUUUGCAGUUAAAUUUUUUUUAUUAAUAACACUCGUGUUUAUCAAAAGUUUCUUGCAGAAUGAAAUGUGUAAUGUCAAAUUUACAUACAAAUGUAAAUACUUCGAUAUACAUAAUAGUAUACUAAAGAAUGUUAACAUGUAGUGCAUAUAUACAGUGGAAAAGUAACUAAUUAUUCAAUAUUACAAGAUAAAAAAAUGGAUAGUUGUUACAUUUUUCUGUAUAAACACUAAAAGUGUCCGUUAAAAUUGUUUUUUCGAAAUUUUUCGAUGCAAUUAAAAAAUCAAUGUAGAAGAAUAUUUUCUAUAAAAUUUAAACCAAUCAAUUAAUGUUAACAGUUAACUAUAAUCGAUUAAAAACAAAAAAAAUCUAAUAAUAUUUUUGAUAAGUAAGAAACUAAAAAAACUGAUAAUUACCGUUCAAGAUUCUGCUUUUUAUGAAUUUCCAUUAUCAAACAAUUUUUUGUAUUCUUUAAAUGGCGUUAAAAAAAUAUUGAAAUUUAUACAUAGUAAAAUUUUGAGUCUUGUUUUUAAAAAUAGACUUGCGCCUCGAAAUUUAUGCAAAACUAGCCGUUUUCCAUAAAUUAUGAUAACAAAUUUUUGCCUUGGGAAUGGCAGAAUAUUUUUUAAAUUUGUCCAUCUGAUUUUAAAGGAAAUUCGAACAUUCAUUAUAUGUAAAUUUAAAUAUAAAUGUGAUGCUCACAGUGGAACGUCAAAACAUUCUUUUUCUAACUUUAUUUAAAUAGUGCAAAUCAGUGAUAUAAUAUAAUGAAAAUAUAAUAUAAAAAUCAUAAAUUUGAUUUAUUUUUCGCAGAAGCAAAAUAUGUUUUUAUUUAUCAAAA